AUGAGGUACUGGACCGCAGAGCUUCUCUUUAACGACAAGACCACUGGUGUGAAAGGCAUUAAUUUCAUUUUCGAUAGUGGAAGCUCCUACACUUACUUCAAUGCCGAAGCUUACCAAACGAUUCUUGAUCUUAUAAGGAAAGACUUGAAGGGGAAGCCUUUGAAGGACACAAAAGAAGAUAAGAGCUUACCGGUGUGUUGGAAAGACAUGAAGCCUUUGAAAUCAGUACAUGAUGUCAAGAAAUACUUCAAGACGAUUACUUUACGGUUUGGGAGUCAAAAGAACGGUCAGCUGUUUCAGAUUCCACCCGAGUCAUAUCUCAUUAUCACUGUGAGUCUCACAUAUGACCUGUAUAUCUCAAUAAAAAUCCAUGGCCGAGAGAGUCUGAGACUGAGAGUUUGUGUGUUUUUUCUUUUUCAGGAAAAAGAAACGUGUGUUUGGGGAUUCUAAACGGAACUGAGAUUGGGCUUGAGAACUACACAA